AUUCAUGCCUUAUAUAUGGUGUCCUGGUUUCUUCAUGAAUGCCUUUACUCUCCUUCAAUGGAUGACGCCAGUGCAGUCUCUACUCCGCCACCAACCACCAGCACCGUGGAAGGUGGUGGCGUUGGUACAGCCCCCGUCUUAACCACUGUCAAUGGGCCCGAAUUGCCUAAACCGGAGGCUAAUCACGUCAAUGGGAUCAAGGAAGAGGCCGAGGCCGCUGCUUCUGAAGAGCUUUCCUCCGAAGAUACCUCCGUCUAUGGUACCCCACAAGCUCCGGACGCCGACCAAAUUUCCCCAAAUCUUCCCCCGGAAACAGAUGGGGACGAAGAAGAAGAAGGGGAAGAAGAGCGCCCUCCGAAGAAGCAAAAGCAGCUCUCCGACUUGCCGAAAACGGAACCUGACGAACCUGGAAUGACCGAAUUGCCCUCCCCUGCCAACGCAAUUGCUGAUUUAUCCCAGAAUGGAAAGGCCCCCGCGACGAAAUCAAGCAAGAAAUCGAAGAAGAAGAACAAAGAUGUGUGGACUACCACGUCCAGGAAGGGAAAGAAAAAGACAAAGCACGCCUCCAACAACAAUCAUAAUUCCAAGAAUGCCACCAACGGCGAUACUGACGAUAAAGUGUUUGUUUCCCCAGUUCCCAGAUUUCCGGACAAAAACGACGACAGCCCGGACCUAAAAAUCUGCCUCUCAAAGGCUUACAAGGCGGAAAAGGUCGAAUUGAGCGAUGAUAGACUGACUGCAGGCAGCUCAAAGGGUUAUAGAAUGGUGAGAGCAACUCGAGGAGUCACCGAGGGUGCUUGGUAUUUCGAGAUUAAAGUGGUGCAUUUGGGUGAAACGGGACAUACAAGGCUGGGCUGGUCAACUGAUAAAGGUGACUUGCAAGCGCCCGUAGGAUAUGAUGCGAAUAGUUUCGGGUAUAGGGAUAUUGAUGGGAGUAAGGUGCACAAAGCAUUGAGGGAAAAGUAUGGGGAGGAAGGGUACAAAGAAGGUGAUGUUAUUGGGUUUUACAUUAAUUUGCCGGAUGGAGGGUCUUAUGCCCCUGAUCCUCCGCGCUUGGUUUGGUAUAAAGGGCAGCGGUAUGUUUGUGCUCCAGAUGCCAGGGAGGAUCCCGCGAAAGUUGUGCCUGGAAGUGAGAUAUCAUUCUUCAGAAACGGAAUAUGCCAGGGGGUUGCGUUCAAAGAUCUUUAUGGCGGUCGCUACUACCCUGCCGCUUCUAUGUACACUCUUCCGAACCAACCGAAUUGUGUUGUUAAGUUCAAUUUUGGUCCUGAUUUUGAGGCAUUUCCUGAUGAUUUUGGUGGGCGCCCUGUCCCAAGACCUAUGAUUGAAGUUCCAUAUCAAAGUUAUGAUGGCAGAGUUGAGAACGGUAGUCAAUGGAAUAUCACCAGGAUGUGCCCUAUGUUCAAAGUGGUAAAAGAGUACGAUGGUAAAAUUGUGAAAGCUGCUGAAAUGGUUGGUUAAGCUUGAGAAAAGCACUCAGGUUGGUAUGUUUCACUUAUGAAAAACUACAUGUCUAUAUGGCCUACUCUAUAUGUGUCAUUAUGUUAAUGAUUCUCAAUGAUGGAGCAAUUGCUGAAUCAUGUUUUGGUUUCAAGAACAAUAUGCUCUUCUUAGAAACUGUUGUAUAGUUCAAACCUCCUAUCAAUGUUUAUAAUAGCAUUAUGGUAUGUGUCCUAA